UGCAGACACAGCUGGGGCAACAGGGUUGUCAGAGCAUCGUCUGUAUACGCAGCGCCGGGGACGUGUAGCAACGCCAAAUAGCCCCAAUUUCGAGACAUGCAUUAUUUAAUUAGCCUACUUUAGUCUUAUUGCGCGUGUUUGAUUUAUUAAUGUGUGGCUUGUUCACUGGACUCAAUGUCAAUGCUGCAGAGCGAUACACUGCAGAAUCACACUGAGGGUCAUUUUUGGUUUGUUUUUUUGGUGCGCCAAAUGCAUCGUAUUUUUUCACAGUUUGUGACUGAUCUAUGAUCUGAGCCGUUCUUAGUCAUCACGUGACGCACCUUAACCCUCGCAGGUAAGCAUCGCUUCCUCUCUGCAGUAGACAACAUGCAUGAUGAUAGGAUUUGGUCUAAACGACAGUGAUGAUCAAGAUCCAUAUGACGAUUAUGCUCAUAUGCUGAUCCAUAUGUUUUUGCACAAAUACAAUACGUUUGAUAGGAUAUCAAAGUGCAUCACAUAGUCGGAUCAUAUUGAACAUGUAUUGGCAUGUUACAUUCUAUUGCGCAAUACAUUUCCACUCAAUAGUAUUGAUGUAUUUUGUUGCCAGAUAUCUCGUCUGCACCCUGGAGCUGUAGAUCCUCAUAUCCUGCUAUGAAAUGUCUGUAAAAUAACGUGGAGGAUGAAAACGAUGCGUGCACAAAGCUGUAAACAUAAAGGACGCCAUGCUGACCAGCAUCACCGAGGGGAUCCUGUGCUGCUUGACAGGGAAGACAGGCAGCCUGGUCCUCCCCCUGGACACCUCCCAGCCCGCCUUCCCUGAUGGCUUCCACUUUGUGGAGGUGAGACCGGGCAGGGUGCUGAGGGUGAGACACAUCCUGCCGGAACGCCAGCCCCCCACCACGGACCAGCUGGGGGGGCAGGAGAAGGAGGAGGAGGAGGAGGAGGAGGAGGAGGAGAAGGAGGAAAGGGAAGAGGGGAGGAAGGAUGAAGGCGGGCCAGCUGAAAGUGCUCCCCCUGGUGGCAGCAGGGUACACUGCAAGCGUAAGAUCACAGUGUACCGGAACGGUCAGCUGGUGAUAGAGAACCUGGGAGACGUUCUCCACUCAGAGAUCCUGCAGGGUCAGGAUGGGGACCUGGAGCCCUGCAGCACCCUGGAGGUGGAACUGGCAGACUACCGGGAGGUGGCCUCCUCGCCGGACCCCCGGCCCACCCCACCCCUCCCAGCGCUGCCCGGUGACUCAAAACCGGCUCCCCCUCCGAGACGGCGCCGGCGCAAGCCCAAGCGCACGGUGCUGAUCGACUCAGAAAGGGCAAUCUCCAGCUGCAAGGGCACGCACGCCGAUGUGGUGCUGUUCUUUGUUCACGGUGUGGGCGGGUCCCUGGACAUCUGGGGCAGCCAGCUGGAGUUCUUCUCUCGGCUUGGAUACGAGGUCAUCGCCCCGGACCUUGCCGGUCACGGCGCCAGCGUCGCCCCGGAGAUGGCGGCGGCAUACUCAUUCUACGCGCUGGCGGAGGACAUGCGCGCCAUCUUCAAGAGAUACGCUCGCAGGCGCAAUAUCCUGAUAGGACACUCAUACGGGGUGUCCUUCUGCACCUUCCUGGCUCAUGAGUACCCUGACCAGGUGCACAAGGUGGUGAUGAUUAACGGGGGGGGCCCCACAGCGCUGGAGCCCAGCCUGUGCUCCAUCUUCCAGCUGCCUCCCUGUGUGCUGCACUGCCUCUCCCCCUGCCUGGCCUGGAGCUUCCUCAAGGCUGGGUUUGCUCGCCAGGGAGCCAAGGAGAAGCAGCUGCUGAAGCAAGGCAACGCCUUCAACGUGUCUCCGUUUGUGCUGCGUGCCAUGAUGAGCGGUCAGUACUGGCCGGAGGGGGAUGAGGUGUACCACGCCGAGCUGACCGUGCCCACGCUGCUGGUGCACGGCAUGUGUGACAAGUUCGUGCCCAUCGAUGAGGACCAACGCAUGGCCGAGAUCCUCCUGUUUUCCUUCCUGAAGGUUAUCGAGGACGGCAGUCACAUGGUCAUGAUGGAAUGCCCCGACACCGUCAACACCCUCCUCCACGAGUUCUUCCUAUGGGAGCCUGACAUGUCCAAAAAGGACGCAGUCAAAACCGACCCUGAGAACGCUGUUGCCGUCAGCAACGGAGGUGGUGCUGUGCAGCCGGUGGACAAAUAAACAACCAAUGAGGAUGCUUGUUUUAUGGUGGGAGAAGCCACACAGAGGGCCUGUGUUUGGCAGGUGGUUUGCUGUCAGGCUGAAGGCUGGGACGUCCGGAGAGGCUGGUGACAGGAUGAGACCCUGGACUGAGAGAGGGAGGCACCGAGAACAGAGGAGACCCAGGAAGGAGGAGAGGAUGGAGGAAGAGGGGAG